AUUUCUCCCAUAAGCAUCGGCGAUCACCAUAUUUUUCUAUAGUUACGUAAUAUAGAGUGCACAAAACGAAGUUAAAGAUACGAUCACAAGUGGCGCUGUUGCAUUGAAUGUUCUACAAUGGUGGCUGUGGUUUACCGUUUAUUUCGUAAUAAGUUUGUUUAAAAGAGGUUUUCGAAAAUUCUGUCUGUAUUCAUUGAUCCACCGAUUUUUCUGUAUGAACGUGAACCGGCGGUAGUGAUGUCCACAUACACAUUCUCACAGAAGAUACUUACACCCAUACCUCCGGAGAAAGGUAGUUUUCCACUCGAUCAUGAGGGUGUCUGCAGGAAGCUUAUGAUCAAAUAUAUGCGUUGUUUGAUCGACAAUAAAAACGAAAACACAAUGUGUCGAAAUGUUAUAAAGGAUUAUCUUGGUUGUCGGAUGGAUAAUGAGCUUAUGGCGCGAGAGGAUUGGUCUAAUCUCGGUUUUUCUGAUGAGGUCAAGGAGACAUAACAGCAGCGAUUUAUUACUAAUCGAUUGUCGCGACGUUGUAGAUCACCGCUCUUAUCACUUAACUGCAACAUAUAACUUACGUAUGUACAUCAGAAAUUAUAAAUAAUAUAUAUAUAAGUAUUUAUGUAUUUGUUGAAAUGAUUUGUGAACGACGAUGAUUCGACAUUAUCAAUAGAGAAUUUUGUCUGAUAUGCAGCCAAAUUAAAGUGAUUGCAGUGCAGUGAAGAGACUUGGAAGCAAAUUAUUAAAUAUUCAAAAUAAACUGUUAGAAAUAAUAAUACAUUUAAUAUAGAGAGUAAUACAUUUAAGAGGAAGAGAAAUUAUUGUUGAUCUCAUACGAUAUUGAUUUCUUUUAAUUAGAGUUUUCAGUUAAUCAAUGUAAUUUAGACAUUCUGCAUCAGAAGGCCUAAUAUAUAGGGAUAUAUCUUUCAAUAUUGUUGUAAUUUCACAUUGUCCGUUGAUAUAACCGAUAGAACAGAACUAAAUAACACGUUAGA